AUCGAUUUAAAUAUUUCUAGUCACGGACAUAAGUUCACACCAACUUGUGGAAUAGAUUUCGAUAAUUUAAAUGAUCCCAAUGCUUAUCUUUCGCUUGCACGAUAUGGUCAAUCGAAAUUGGCAAAUAUUUUAUUCUCUCUGGAACUUAACAAGAGGCUUUCGGAUAAAGAAGUUUAUGUGAACUCUGUUCACCCAGGAUCUGUGAAUACAGAGCUAAUUCGUGGUUUGGAAGGAAGCUGGGGUUCAUGGAUAAAACCGUUCUAUCUAGUAAUCAGCAAAUUAUUUCUUUUGACUCCUGAUGAAGGUGCAUUGACUCAGCUUUAUUGCGCAAGUAGUCCAGAAAUUCUUGAAAAGAAUUUACGUGGAAUGUAUUUUGUGCCUUGCGCAAAACUAGCGGAACCUUCUAAGCAGGCGAAAGACGAAGAAUUAGCUCGUAAAUUAUGGGAAUAUUCGGAAAAUUUUGUUAAUGAAAGGUUGAAGAAGAUCGAAGAAGAGGAAAAGUGA